CGUACCAUCAGGGAUAGACUCGUUUACUUUCAGUUUACCUGCUAACCGAUUGCAACGUACACGUGUUGUAAAACGGUUUCACUUUCACUGGAACUAGCCAGCGCAGGAGAGGACUCAUCUCAUAUAAUGGACCGUGAGAAGAGAGAGAAGGCGGGGCGGUUCCAUGUAGAACUGCACCGAGACCGAUCCUCCCGCACAUUGGUGUCCCUCCCAGAGUCAUCCCUGAUUAUGGAUGAAGCCGGACCUUCCGGUCAGGGUAUGUCAGGAGACAUACCUCAGACAUUCUUAGAUGCUUCCAGUUUAAGGCACCUUCGGAGAUCAUCCUGGAACUUUGAAGAAGAAAAUCCAGUGGGCAUAUCGAAUUUUUCUUCACAAAGACCUACCAUUUCUUAUCCGUCUACUUCAUGGACUGAGGUGUUGAAACCGUCUACGUCCGGCGAUGCAUUUAAAAAGUGUAAUCAGCAUUUUCUUCAGCCGGGUGUGAUCAGCAAUAUAGGGUUUGACGAAACAGCUUCGAAAAGUGUGGAUAUCGGGAUUGGUCAAGGUUCGUCAGCCACCCUGACUCGCCAGCAGAGUCUGGAUGAAACGCUAGACUCGACUUCAAGGUCCACUUUAUAUGAUCCGUUCCCAGGAUUCAUGAAUGAGAUGAGGAGCACGCGAUACAGUGACAGAGGGCCGACCUGUUUUCCAAAUGAAAGUGCUACAAGGUACGGAUCCGGAUGGGCAAUACAAGAGCAUUCGUCCAGUCUGUCAGCUCCUUCAUCUAGUCUGCCUGCUCCUUCAUCCAGUUUAUCAGCUCAUUCGCCCAGUUUUUCAGCUUGUAUGCAUCCUGAUAUACAGGCGAUAUCGUCCCGCCCUAAUAUGGACUGUCUACAACGAGAAUUCAGACCCAAAGGCCAGCAACAGCCUAUUAAAGAUCAUGAAAGCGAGCUCGCGAAAACAUAUGAUCAGCUGUAUACCUUUACAAAGAUAAAAACGGAACCUCAGGACUCGACAGGUCUUAACUUACAGGAAGGAACACAUCCAGAACCUUCAAUGAACUUACCUGAAAGGCCGAGUAGAUCAACGUUUAUCGACGAUAGCACCUGCCUUUAUGAUGCCUGCUAUAAGCUGGAAGGAAGGCAAUCGCAACCUUCGAUGGACUUAUCCUUACGACCGCAUAGGUCAGCAUUUACCAGUGACAACACCUAUGAUGCCCUCUACAAACAGGCGAACCUUUCAGAGGCGAACUAUGGACUCGGCAGGCGACGCAGAGCUAAAACAAUGCAUCGUUUGGCGUCAUCUGCAAGUAAAGAAGAAUCCGAUGAAAUGGUGACCACGUUUUCGUCUUCGGCCAAUGAGCUGAUUGGGUAAGUUGUUACCU